AUGUCCGAAAGUUCGUCAGCUCGAAGGGAGACUUUCGGAGGAAUUGUAUUCCGCAUUUACGUGAGUUUAACAUACAGAAAGAGCCAGUUUUUGUUUCGUUUUUGCCUUCGGGCUAAAUUAUCAUUCGUCACUUUUGGAGCAACCUGUUUUCAGUCAAUCCGCGGUUGGGUGCGACGAGCUCGAAAGCGACUGGCGCUCUUCCGAAAGAAUGACGUGGACGUUGAGACGAACUUCCGCGCGGCGCUCCGAGAAGAGCCGGAAGACGAGAAGCCGUCCUCCAGACUCUUUUCGUUCACAGUCGACGAACGCGGCAACGCGUUCUACCUGUGGACGUGCCUCGUCUGUCUCGUCGCCCUCCACCCACUCAUUUUCACUGCUCUUUCCGUCUUCACCGAUGUGCAUCCGUUUCUCCGCCGAACGGGACCAAUCAACCUGCUCUUCAAUCUCAUCAAUAUUCUGGAUCUGAUGGCUCACACUCGAAUUGAGUACGUGGAGAACGGAGUGGCCGUCAAGAACCUGAGCAAAUUGAUGCACCAUCGGAUCAAGUCGUGAGUGGUGGAACAGUGCGAAGGAGAAUUGAAAUAAAGUGGUUUUUGGCAGAAAGUUCUUCAUUCUCGACUUGUUGGCUGUCGUGCCAACUGAAUCGCUCGAGGUCUUCGGGGAGAGCUUCUUCUUGGCGAGGAUCAAUAGAUUGUGCAAGGUGCUCCGAGACUUCGAAUCCAUAAUAUCUGAAAUGUUUCAGUGCUACCGUUUUUUUGACUUCUCCACCCUAACCGACACUCGCACGACUUCUCCCCACGCAUUCGGCCUUUUCAAACUCAUAUUCAUCUGUUUUGUGAUUUUCCACUGGAACGGAUGUCUCUACUUUCACAUCAGCAAAGCUUACAAUUACACGAGUAACUCGAAAUCAUAUCGGUAUCAAACUAACAUGUGACAUUUCCCUUUCAGCCGCACGUUUGGAACACUGGAUAUUCUCCUACGACAAGAUUAUCAACCCGAUUCUGGCGGAUUGUGUCACUGAGACCUUCAACGACAAGAAUUUCUGUAAUGUGGAUGACUUUUUGAUCACCACUUUGCCGGAAGACGAAGUACAGGCAACGGUGGGCGCGUUCAUGAGCACUUGGGACAACAAGUGAGUGCAAUCAUUGAAGUCUAUUGGGUCCAGGACUAGGCAGACUAUUCAGAACGACAACUCUGAAAUUCGCCAACUUUUUCCGUCAAUACGCCCUCAGCUUCUACUGGUCCGCCCUGACCCUGGUCACCCUUGGAGAGCAGCCGUCGCCUUGCACGACGUUCCAGAAUACGUUCGAGAUCGGCGACACGCUCCUCGGACUCGUCAUCUUCGCCGUCAUCGUCGGAGACGUCGGUAACAUGGUGGUGGCGAUCAACUUACGCAAGUCCGAGUUUGAUAAUGUGCUCGAUGGAUGCAAACGGUUCAUGGUUUAUCGGUGAGACUGGGGGUCGGGCGGGAGAGGCUUCUGAUGAUGAUGUGAACGCAGAAAAGUGCCGAAUCUUCUUCGAAAGAAGGCCGUCGAGUACUUUGGAUACGUGUGGGCUCACGGCGGAGCACAAAUCGAUGAGGAGGAGAUUGCAGAGUUUCUGCCGCCCAGGCUUUUCGGUGAGAUCGCUGUCGAGAUUCAUAUGGACACGUUGAAGAAGGUGAAACUGUUCGAGGUGAGUUCAAGGUUUGAACUAUUCGAGGCUGUGCGAAGUCGACUUUUCCGGCCUGUGCUGUUGUUGACGGGUGAUAGUCGAGUCAAGGUUUUUGUCACUUUGAGUUCUGAGAAACUUCAAAUCAUAGAAACAGAGUCUACAUGUUUGCCAACUCCUCCGCUGACUCAUUUGUUGUCUCAGGACUGUGACCCGCGCCUGUUGUACGAGCUGAUUUUGAAACUACAACUUCGAGUCUACAGGUUUGUCCAUUGCGUCCCGUGAAAAGAAAAGCACGUAGACGUUCAGCCCGAUGGACUACAUUUGUAAGAAGGGAGAAGUCGGAACAGAGAUGUACAUUGUGAAGGAGGGAUUCGUGGAGGUGGUCAGCGAGGACGGGAGAACUGUGAGUGCACUGGACACCUGAGCCCAUCUCAAUCCGAUUCCACACAGAUAUUUGUCACUCUGCCGGCUGGAUUUGUGUUUGGAGAGCUCUCGAUUCUGAAUAUACCCGGGAACAAGAACAAGAACCUGAGGACCGCCUCAGUCAGGUCCAAAGGAUACUGUGAUUUGUACGUUCUGCACAAAGAGGACCUGUGGGACGCCCUCCGAGAAUACCCGCAGGCACGAGACUCUCUGAUCGAAAAGGGAAUUGAGAUAUUGGAAAAGGAUAAGAUGAUUGACAGUAAUAUGAGGGAUGAGGAGGAAGAGGAAUUCCACGGUCCCAUGGAGGAAUACAUGACGAUUUUGGAGCAAGAAGUGCAAAAGCUGACGGCUUCGAUGGAUGACGCCGAGCAGAAAUUGCACGUGAGUCACCCAAGAAUCCGUUUGUUUUCCAAUACAAAUGCGUCAGAUGGCAUGCUUCUUUCAGCUUUCCCAACAACAAUUGAAGGCACGAUUGUUCGGACUGGAAAUGGAAUUGAUUGAAGAAUUCAAAGAGAUGAAAGCGAUGGGAUCGAAGAAGAAGAACUUGACAAUAACCGGUGAAAUCAUUGUCUUGUAA